AUGUACAAUGAGCCGCGGCUGACAGCGUUCCGCACAUUCAAGAUCCGCAGUGACGUUGCUUGGUACAAUGCAUGUGAUGAGAUGGCAUCAGCCUGUGCAUCUCUGAAAGUGCUACAUGCCAGAUUAGCCAUUUACGAUUGGCCCAUCCGACUGGAAAUAGGCGAACUCUGGUCUAUGCCGCUUCUGCUGUUCGGCUACUAUGACGGUGGUUUAGAUUAUGCGGGCAUUCAGCUUCAAAUGAAGAGAUUUCAAGAUGACAAACUUCGGACUGUGGCGCGCGCUCUGGAGCAGAGGAUAAUGAAGCCGAAGAUGUUCCAAAUUCGGGAGGAUGAACGACUGUCUAAGGAAAUGAUGGGACCGAACAAGGCAAAAAAGAUAUUAAGGAUAGUGGUUUAA